ACAAUAGGAGGCAGAUAGAGAAGAACGUUUUCGCAAAAUCUGCACAAUUUGAAGUUGGACUUUGAGGUAGACACACAGUAUACUGACGGGACCUGCCUUCCUCAGCCGACCAACUUCAGUUUCGGGUUGUCAGAACAGAAAUGUUCCAGUCAUGCUCGGACAACCAGUGGGAGAUUCGUCAGGGAGACGACGGACAGGGUUUCUAUGAUUCUGGACCACAUCCGCAUAGCUGGCCUCAGUUCUUCCCCCCUCGGCCCAGCGGCACAGUUCAUCAUCCCGGCUCUCUGUAUCCCUACGGGGAAGCCUACACCAGAGCACAAACUCCUGUCUGGCACCAACCCCAAAACCCAUGGAAGGUACACAGCCACCUGGAGAACUCCAAGUUCCACCUCCACCAGACCCAGAAUCAGCAGGUCAAGCAGUACCUGACGCUGGGCUCCAAGCUGGCCUCGUCGGCCGGCCAGGGCCACGCCGUUCCACAUCCACACACCCCUGGCCAGCCACUGGCCACCGUGCCGGUCAUGAGGAAUGGACACAUGGCCUCUGUCAGCGACAGCAGCAACCCCAACAGCCCCGUCACCCUUCUCACUAUGGCCAAUCACGACAGCGAGUUUCCAAUGGAUGAAGUUAUUGAUGACCUAAUUAGUCUUGAAUCCGGUUUCAAUGAUGGAGGCUUGGAUUGCAUGGAGCCUAACAUCAUAAUGCAAAACAAUGUGUCCCUCAGUGGCAGCAUGCUGGACGUCUAUGGGGGUGAACAAGGUAUGAACGCCCCUAAUGGCGGAAUGAGUCCCACAUCUAACCCCACAAAGCUCACUGUAAAAAGGGAAUACACAGAACACGACACGAGAGUGAUGGCCAAAGAGAGGCAGAAAAAAGACAACCAUAAUUUGAUUGAAAGAAGAAGAAGAUACAACAUCAACUACAGGAUCAAAGAGCUGGGGACACUCAUACCAAAGUCGAAUGAUCCUGACAUGCGCUGGAACAAAGGCACCAUCCUGAAGGCCUCGGUGGAGUACAUAAGGUGGCUGCAGAAGGAGCAGCAGCACGCUCGGGAGCUGGAGAGCCGUCAGAAGAAGCUGGAGCAAGCCAACAGGAGACUGCUGCUGAGGAUCCAGGAGCUUGAGAUCCAGGCACGAGCACAUGGCCUCCCAAACAUGGCUACAGCUUUGGGGUCAGUUGAGCUGUCUUCCCAUCUACUCAAACAGCAGCAGCAGCAGCAGCAACAGCAACAGCAGUCGUCUCCCCAGGCCCAGCAAUCCCAGCAGCCUCCCCUUUACCAGGAGGACCCCAACAGCGACUACCUCCAGAGGAUAGUGGUGACUGGCGUGCCAUCCAUUCCAACAGCCAGCGGCCCGCAGGAUCACAUCCCCGGCGGCGACGGCUGCACCACAUUCUCCGAUCCGCUGUCCCACUUCACAGACUUCUUCAGCGCCACGCUCAAGGAGGAGCAUCGGCUGGACGAGAUCCUGAUGGACGACCCGCUCUCGCCCUUUGGCGCCGACCCGCUCCUCUCGGCGGGCUCGCCCGGGGCCGCGUCCAAGGACAGCAGCCGCAGGAGCAGCUUCAGCUCUGCAGAGGGCGACGACCUAUAAGGGUGCCCUCUUCAGUUACACACUCUUGUUAUCUCCCCUCGUGACAACGCGUUUGUAAUCCCCAGCGGUACAAGGCGUACACAGAGCCGUUAAAAGACUGACUGAUGCCUCCGGGCCUACAAUAAUGGCCACUCACCAGGUUGCAAGACAUCUUAAUGACAGCUAACACACCUGCAGUGCCCCUCAAAGUGCCACCUGUAUUAAAGUAUAUAAAGUGUGUAGUUUUUGUUGAUCAGGUGGGUGCGAGAGCUUGACUGGCUCAAAAAAACUUGCAAUCUCCAAACUCAGCAGGACCAGGAACAGCUCAUGGACCUCCUGCUCCUCCACAUUUCUCUGCCUCCCAGACAGAGCAGAAACAGACUCACAAGAAAAAGGGAGACAUUUAUCAGCCUUUAAGUACAUAGUGUAAAUGUUUUGUUGUUUUUUUUUUGUGGGUAAACACUGUGGUAGCUGUACACUGUAACAUAUGCAAAAUAAUCACUGAAAACCUGCCAAAAUCGUCCUUUUUUCAUGACAAUACUACUGCUUCACAAAAGGAUUUUUAACAGCUGCAGUCAGGAUUGUGAUUGUGUAACGUGCCUUAUUCCAACUCUCGGUUUCGUCUUUAAAAAGAUAUGAACAUGUAACUGAUGUACUCACCGCAUUGCCUAACAUGUCUUUUGUCUCGUCUGUGUCUUUCAAUUGUUACUGUUAAAUAAGUGUUUAUGUAUUUAUAUUUGUUUUAAUCCAUGUAUUCAUAAAAAAGAUAUAUAUUAUUAUCUAACAUGUUACCUUUUUUAUUCUUAGUAGGGGUGGGAAAAAUAUAAUAAACCCCAUUUUUGAUAUACCUGA